AUGAAAGCAGAUGAAAUUGGUCAUAUAAAGCCAAGAAUGAUGAUUAUUUCUGUUUCACCAGAUUCACCAUAUCAAUAUAUAUCUAUAAUGAAUUGUAUAUUCUCUGCACAAAAAUUAGGAAUACCCAUGGAUGUUUGUAAAUUAUUCGACGAGGACACUGUGUUUUUACAACAAGCAUCUUUUAUAACUGGUGGUAGAUAUCUUAAAUUAGAAAAUCCUCAUGGAUUUUUACAAUCAUUGAUG